UAUUGGACAAAAUAAUGAAAUAUGGUCGCCAACUGCCUAGCAUUAUAUAUUGGGGGUGCGAACCCCUAGUUCUCUAGCAGCAAUGGCUAUUCCGUUCUCAGGUCGUGGAGGCAGCGGCGGCGGAUUUAGGGGCGGCAGAGAUGGAGGACGAGGAAGGGGCAGGGGAGCAUUCAGUGGAGGCAGAGGCAGAGGGAGUGCUAUGAAGCGUGAUGGAGGUAGAGGUGGUGGAAGAGGCGGCGGAAGAGGUGGCGGAAGAGGAAGAGGACGUGGAGGAAUGAAAGGAGGGAGUAAGGUUGUUGUGGAGCCUCAUAGGCACGAGGGAGUGUUCAUUGCGAAGGGGAAGGAGGAUGCACUUGUUACUAAGAAUCUGGUACCUGGUGAUUCUGUCUACAACGAGAAGAGGAUUUCUGUUCAGAAUGAAGAUGGAACGAAGGUUGAGUACAGAGUGUGGAAUCCUUUCCGUUCUAAGUUGGCUGCUGCUAUUCUUGGAGGCGUGGAUGAAAUUUGGAUUAAACCUGGCGCGCGCGUUCUCUACCUUGGAGCGGCAUCUGGAACAACUGUCUCCCAUGUUUCCGACCUCAUUGGUCCGACUGGGGUUGUCUAUGCAGUCGAGUUUUCAAACAGAAGUGGUAGAGAUUUGGUGAACAUGGCAAAGAAACGUACCAAUGUUAUUCCCAUUAUUGAAGAUGCCCGACAUCCUGCUAAAUACAGGAUGUUAGUCGGAAUUGUUGAUGUCAUAUUUUCUGAUGUUGCUCAGCCUGAUCAGGCAAGGAUUUUAGCGCUGAAUGCCUCUUACUUUUUGAAAGCUGAAGGUCAUUUUGUCAUAUCCAUAAAGGUUGGUUUCUUUGGAUACAGAGAAGGAAAAUGAUGGCAAAUCUUUUAUUUCUUGUUGCUCUUUUGGAUCAGCACACUUCUAUUCUCCAUGUUGACUUGCUAUGCUUUUCUCAGGCUAACUGCAUAGAUAGCACUGUACCUGCUGAGGCUGUAUUUGCUCAAGAGGUUAAGAAGCUGCAAGCAGAUCAAUUCAAGCCAAGUGAGCAGGUCACCCUUGAACCCUUCGAGCGUGAUCAUGCCUGUGUUGUUGGUGGUUACAGGAUGCUCAAGAAGCAAAAGCCAACUUCCUAGGUUAGGAGUAGUAGCAAAUGUCUUAUUUUCAACUCAAACUUGAGGGUUGUUUCAAGUUUUGUAUUGCAUUAUUUUAUGCUUAAUUAGUUAAUCUGAUCGUACAUUUUCACAACAUGAAUUAUGAUUUUUUAUUAGAACAUUUUUGUAGCACAUUUGACACAAUGUUCCUCCCUAAUGUUGUCUGCGAACGUAGUGGAUGUAUUAUUUAGUUUUGUGUAAUUUUUAUCAUGAAGUUUGAAUUGUCAUAAAACAGGCGUGAGAUUAUG